AUAUGGCCACCCGCGAUCGCUGAACUUAAAAAAACCUGCACAAGUCUCCGGAAACGGAAGUUAUUGUUGUGUUGUUGAUAGCCACGCGGGACAGACAUGCCUUUGGCUAAAGAUUUACUGCUACCAUCCUCUGAGGAGGAGAAGAGGAGACACAAGAAAAAAAGGCUGGUUCAGAGCCCAAAUUCUUACUUCAUGGAUGUUAAAUGCCCAGGCUGCUACAAGAUAACCACGGUUUUUAGUCAUGCUCAGACUGUUGUUCUCUGUGUAGGCUGCUCUACAGUUCUUUGCCAACCCACAGGUGGCAAAGCCAGGCUCACAGAAGGAUGUUCCUUCAGACGGAAGCAGCAUUAGACUGUGCUAUUUCCUUGCUCUACAUGAUGCUGAUUACAGAAUAUAAUCUUUGCUUCUCAGGAUGAUUUGCCUUAUACCAGAUUUCAGACCGCCGUACUUUCAGUUGUAGAGCAUACCUGCAGUUGGCUCUAAUUCAGGGAACAAUAUGGCUGCUGGAGUUUAAUUAUGUGGAAGCAGUUUCCUAAAUAAAAUUAAAUAUGCAAUUUA